UCUACCAAGGACCAUCCUCCUGCAUCCGGGCCUCACUCCACAAAUGGUCGUAGCUCCACAUCGUGACCGCACUUCCCAGCCCUUCUUCACUGGUGCCCACACCGGCAUCCAGACAACAUAAGACAUGUCCAAGGAGGAGAAUGAGGUGGUUGCUACGGGGAUGCCCCAAGGCUCGGCUCCCAUAACGACCACCGUGAUCAACAUCCGCACCGAGACCUCUGUGCCCGACCACAUCGUCUGGUCCCUGUUCAACACCGUCUACAUGAACUGCUGCUGUCUGGGCAUCGUGGCAUUCGCCUACUCCGUGAAGUCUAGGGACCGGAAGAUGGUGGGCGACAUGACUGGGGCCCAGAGCUAUGCAUCCACCGCCAAGCUCCUAAACAUCCUUGCCCUGGUCUUGGGCAUCCUUGUGAUCGUCAUUUUCAUCAUUGUUUCUGCCGUUAAAGGACAGUCACGCUGAGUUAACAGAAUUCAAGGCAACAGAGUCCACUACUAGCUGCCCAUGGCCACGGCGCCAUCCCCACUGUCCCCUGCUGGCCUCGCAU